CUGUCCGCCCGUUCGACUCAUAGCUAUCGAAAAUAAGCACAUUCUACUCGCUUCAGGUUGAUGUCACAGACUCUGCCAGACACUAAGGCUACAAGUCCAGCUGUUCGCGGUGCGUCCGUGCCGCUAACGCCAGCCGCGACUCUCACAGGCGACAAGCCUGUCGAGAAAGAGGACGUCGAGGGCGAGGCCAAAGACCGCCCGCGUCCUCUGUCGAGCACAGCCCAUGCUGACGAUGGACGCGCCAUCCAUCUAGUUGACUGGGAUGGCCCCAACGAUCCUGAAAAUCCGAAAAACUGGAAAUACAGCAAGAAAUGGCAUCUCAUCCUUACCGUGUCAUGCUUCACCUUCAUAUCCCCCAUCUCGUCCUCCAUUAUCGCACCUGCCUCAGAGCAGGUCGCUGCCGAUUUUGGCGUCACCAGCUCCGUCGUCAUUGCCAUGAUGACGUCUGUAUUCGUCCUCGCGUAUGCCUUCGGCCCCCUCAUGUUCGGCCCGCUGAGCGAGAUCUACGGCCGCUCGCGCGUCCUGCAGCUCGCCAAUCUCAUCUAUUUUGCGUUCAACCUCGCGUGCGGCUUCGCCCAGAACAAAGGCCAGCUCAUCGCGUUCCGGUUCCUCGCCGGCCUAGGUGGGUCCGCCCCGCUCUCGGUCGGCGGGGGCGUUAUCGGCGACUGUUUUCUGCCGGAGCAGCGCGGACAGGCGCUCGCGAUCUACUCGCUCGCGCCGAUGCUGGGACCCGUUGUGGGACCUGUGAUCGGCGCGUGGAUUGCGGAGAAGAGCCAGUGGCGGUGGGUGUUUUACUCGACAACGAUUGCGGAUGCGUUUGUGCAGGUCUUGGGCAUUUUAUUUCUGAAAGAGACAUACGCGCCGGUGCUGCUCGAGCGCAAGGCGCAGCGCAUACGCAAGAGCAUGACGCCCGAGAAGGCCGAGAGCGUCGUCGUGCGCACGGUUUUCCAGGGUGCAGACCGACAUUGGCGGACAAUCCUUGCCAAGGCGCUCGUGCGUCCGUUCGCGCUGUUCGUCUCUGAGCCGAUCGUGCAGCUCCUAGGGGUGUACAUGGCGUUCGUGUACGGGCUUAUAUACUUGUCGAUCACGACGAUGCCGUCUAUAUUCCAGGGCAUCUACGGCGAGUCCGUGGGCAUCGCGGGGCUGAACUAUAUCGCGCUCGGCCUCGGGCUGUCGGGCGCCUCGCAGAUCAACGCGCGCACGAUGGACAAGGUCUACGUGAUGCUGAAGAAGCGCAACGGGGGCGUCGGGAGACCGGAGUUUCGACUGCCGUCGAUGGUACCGGCGACGAUCUUUCUCCCCGUGGGCCUGCUCAUUGCGGGCUGGUCCGCACAGACGCAUUCGCACUGGAUCGGGACGGAUAUCGGCAUCGUGCUCAUCGGCGCGGGGUCGAUCCUCAACUUCCAGAGCAUCCAGACUUACGUGAUCGACGCGUUCACGCUGCACGCCGCUUCCGCGCUGGCUGCGACGUCGUUUCUGCGGUCCCUCGCGGGGUUCGGGUUCCCGCUGUUUGCGCCCGCGAUGUACAACGCGCUCGGGUUCGGCAAGGGCAACACGAUCCUCGCGUGCGUGGGGAUCCUCAUCGGGUGUCCUGCGCCGUGGCUGUUCUGGCACUAUGGCGAGCGGAUACGGGCAGCGAGUCGGCACGCGCAUAAAAGCUGAGAAAAGAGAGCCAGAGGAUGAGUCGCUUAUGGAGAUUAGGCGCGGAAUCAUGCGGGGGCGUGAUGCGAUGUCGUCCUCCGACCCACCAUGCAAAACAUAGACGCGCGGCCCACACGUUGACGCCGCAUACCAGCUCUGCGCUCAUACCCGCCGUACGGCAUACUUUCAAAUGACCCACUUCUACAUGAAAUUCCCGUCUGCUGAGACUUGUCGGGACCACGAGCGCCUCCCUCCGAGGGCCCGUUUGAUGAUCUGAUCCACGGACCACCAGUUCACCUAUCGUACAUGUGUAUCCCUGACGACGACUAACGAUCUGUGGGACUGUGCAUGCAGUAUCCCCAUUUAAUAGCUUUUGUACUUCGUUUAUGGAUAAUGCGAUCGCGGUUGUUGAU